AUGGCAUCAUCUGGACAACAGAAAUCUUGUGUUGCAUGUGAAAAUGGAGUAGCUACGUGUACUGGAUGUGAAAAACGCUUUUGUCUUCCUCAUUUCACACAGCAUCGGCAAGAGCUUGAUGAACGAAUGAACGAAGUUGUGCACGAGCAUAAUCAGCUGCGAAAAGCUCUCGAUCAGCAAGCCACUGCUCCUCAUCUUUUGUCUCGAAUUGAUCAAUGGGAACAAACAUCAAUUCAAAAGAUCAAGGAGACGGCAAAGCAAGCACGAGCAGACCUACAAACAUGCUUUGAUCGUACAAAGCAUCAACUAAUAAAUUCACUUGACAACAUGGCCAGUCGAUUGAAAUCAACUCAAGCAAUAAAUCUUUACGCUGAAAAAGAACUUGACGCAUCAAUGCAACAGUUGAAGCAACUACAGCAAAUGUUUGAGAUGCCAACAAACAUCGAUAUUGCAGAUUAUAAUGCAAAAGGUUCAUCUAUUAGUAUGAUCAAAGUGACAGAAAAGAAACACUUCGUCUGCCGUUUUAUUGGUUGCCGUCAUGCAACACUUUUGUCAUCCAUGUCUGCAACAUAA